AUGUCCGACCAACCCUUUAACCCCUCCCGCUUCACCUCCCAGACCGUCCAAAACAAGACCACCAACGAGCGCCUCUCCAGCAAUACAGUCGGCCUCGUCAAGCUCUCCGACUUCCGCAAGCGCCGCGCCGAGGUCCUCGAGCAGCAGGAGCGCGAGUCGCGCGAGGCCUCCUCCGCCCUGCGCUCGGGGACCGUCUCCACGCGCAACAGCACGCCAGACGUGUCCGAGGGCGGCGGCGACGACGACCAGCAGCAGCAGUCGGGCCGCGCGCCACCGAGGAAGAAGGUGAAGAACAAGAAGCAGGGCAAGAAGAAGCUCCUAUCCUUUGGGGAUGAUGAAGAGGAGGGAGAAGACGAGGACGGCGAGAGUGAAGAGAAGAAGACAAAGAGCAAGUUCAAGGCCAAUGCCUCGGUUGGCGUGGUGCCCAAGGCCGUGACCAAGUCGGCGCUGCGGAAGGAGGCGGCGGAGCGGGAGGCGCUGCGGCAGGAGUUCAUUGCGCAGCGCGACGCUGUCAAGGCUACGGAGAUUGCGAUCCCUUUCAUUUUCUACGACGGGGCUAACAUCCCUGGAGGGACCGUCCGGGUGAAGAAGGGCGACUUUGUCUGGUUCUUCCUCGACAAGAGCCGCAAGGUCGGUGCCGAGCUCGGGGUGGGCGAGAAGGCGAAUGCGACGAGGACAUGGGCAAGAGUGGGUGUGGAUGAUCUGAUACUAGUUCGUGGAACUGUUAUUCUUCCUCACCACUAUGACUUCUACUAUUUUCUCGUCAACAAAAGUCUUGGCCCUGGCGGCCAACGGAUAUUCAACUAUAGCGCCGAAGCACCGAAAAAUGUACCACGGGAAGAAGCUGUCGAUGCUGGUCUCAUGACCGCGGCCGAGAUCAAGGCGGCAGCUGCCAAGAGGCUUGCCGAUAUCAGCACACUUGAGGGAGCGAAUGAUGAUCCCACGUUGACCAAAGUCGUUGAUCGCCGAUGGUACGAGCGCAAUAAGCACAUAUACCCAGCCAGUACGUGGCAGGACUUCGAUCCAGAGAAGGACUAUACAUCUGAGGUCCGACGUGAUGCUGGUGGCAACACGCUCUUUUUCUCACGGUGA